AUGUCUGCCUUUCCAAAAAUCAAACUCCACUGGUUGGAAAAAUCCCGUGCCCUUCGAGUCAUUUGGUUGCUUGAGGAAUUGGGAGUUAAAUACGAAGUUAUCCCUUACAAGAGAAACGAAAAUUUCAGAGCCCCAGAAUCUUUAAAAAAAAUCCAUCCUUUGGGGAAGUCACCAAUUGUGGAAUUUCAACAAGAUGAAAAUGCCAAACCAAUCAUGUUGGCGGAGUCUGGCCAUAUUUUCCAAUGGUUAUUGAACAAAUUUGAUGACGGGAAAUUGUACGAUGUGAAGAAUAGGGAACAAAUCGAUUAUUAUUUACACUAUGCCGAAGGAACUUUGCAGCCACCACUUCUCUUUGAAUUUAUUUUCCACAAAGCAAGAGAAGCUUAUGCUCCAUGGCCAAUCUCUAGUUUGAAGAAUAUGAUUAUUAAUAAGAUGAGUUCUGGUUAUAGCGCUGGCGAGGUGAAGACCAAUUUAGAAUUCUUGGAAGAGGAAUUGAAGAAAAAUAACGGUUACUUUGUUGACGGAAAGUUGACGGGGGCCGAUAUUAUAUUAUCUUUCCCAUUAACCAAUGAGUUUGGAUUUGAGAUGAAGGAUUAUCCGAAUGUUAGCGAAUGGUUGAGUAAUAUUCAGAAACUGAAGGGAUAUGAAGCUGCGAAGGAAAUUGCAAAGCUGUACGGGUCAGAUUAUUAG